UUUCCGAUUCUAUUAUUUCUUUUGUGUCCUACAUUUCAAUGGGGAAAACAGGCAUGUUUGAUGGAAGAAUAUUUUACAUACUUAUACACAGUGAUACGGUAGAUGUACCGCGCCUGACAGUUUCGUGACGCAAAUUCAUCGACAACUGUACACAUUAGUGCUGCUUCUAAUCGCUGAAUUACACUACAUUGAAGACAUUAAAAGAGUACCGCCAUUGAAUUGUUUAACUGAAGAAAUUGACCUUACAUGCAUUACCAUUUAUUGGUCAAUGAAAUGUUUCUUACUUAUGCACACGUGACUUUCGCAUCGUAGAUAUCACGAUAUCCUUAUCGGACAAUUUCCCAAAGUAAAGUUGAGUCAGAUCAGAAAAAAUUUCACUUUGAAGAAUCAUGGCUAAAACGACCGAAAAUGUAAAGGAAUGGAAUAUCGCUAGAGCGGGAAUUUCGUUGCUUUUGAAUAACAAAACAGAGGAAGCAGAAAUCCUAUUUACCGAACACCCGCAUAGUUUCCACGUAAAGGCCGGUCGCUGCUUUGUCUUAUUUAUGAAUGCAUUGAUGACCUUUGAGAAUGAUAAGCUUCAGCAGGCUAUGCUACUAUUAAAGGAGAUGGAAAGGGAAUGUGCAAGUGACAUAGGAUGGUUGAAAUCUGUGAAGAGUAAAGUCUUCAAAGCAGAGGAAACAGGCAUGGACUAUGUGAAUAAAUUGGAGAAGCAAAUAGUCUUCGCAGAUUCGCAAGUCUGCUCGGCGAUAUUAACAUUAUUGCAACAAGAACUAACUGGUUACGUACGUGGUGGUUGGAUGUUACGUAAAGCCUGGCGAGUUUAUCAACAUACACACUCGCAAAUUUUGCAGCUGCACCAGCGUACCUUUGGUUCUAGUCCAUUGGGUUUCAACACAAGAUGCAGUACCCCUUCAUAUAAUGGCUCUUCCUAUUCGCUGCAAAGUCCACAUAGUCCAGGUUCCUCGGAGUGGUCUAUACCAUCUUGCAAUGGUUCAACAAACAAUCCUACACCGAUCUCGUCUCCCUCAAGCCUACGCAGCUCUUUAUCAAUGUUCUUCUCCCUCACUGGUAUCACACCUGAACAACAGACACCCUUUGUUGAGCCGUCCGAGGUCUCCCGACUGAUGUCAGCAGUUAAUUUUGGUUAUGGAAUUUAUCAACUAUGUGUCAGCUUGUUACCACCCUCUCUUCUAAAAGUGAUCCACUUUUUGGGCUUCGAGGGCGAUAGAGAAGCAGGAAUUACCGCGUUAAUGUAUGCAAGGCUCGGUGAAGAUAUGCGCGCCCCUCUUGCCACCUUAUCCCUACUUUGGUACCAUACAAUUGCACGUCCAUUUUUCGCUCUUGAUGGAAACAAUCGACAAGCUGGUGUAAACGAAGCGAAGCAAUUAAUCGUGGAAUGUCUUCCAGAAUUUAAUAAUUCUGCACUUUUUCUUUUCUUUGCUGGCCGAAUAGAAAGACUCGAGUCAAACGUAAAUGGUGCUCUGCAAGCGUACGCAAAGGCUGUUGCAGCUUCGAAACAAAGGGAGAUCAGAUUAUUGUGUCUACACGAGGUGGCUUGGUGUCAUUUGAUUCGUUUAAGUUACGAAGAAGCUUAUCGAUCUUUGACACAAUUGCGACAACAAUCUAGGUGGUCAGUGAACUUUUACGCUUAUUUAGCAACUGUCUGUUGCGGAGCCCUCGGAAAAUUUGAUCUCGUAGCCUCGUCUUACCGAAAAAUGCUUCAUUGCGAUAAUCGAAUGUGCAAAGAAACGCAACUUGGUUUAUUUGUCCUACGUCGAACACCUAAACUCCUAGAUCAGGAAACUGGUCAACCUUAUACAGUCUUGUACUACAGGCUACUCGUGUACGAAUUACUAUACCUGUGGAACGCGAUGCCGUCCUGUUCUGUAGACUCGCUGCAAGGAAUACUUUUAGAAUGCAAAGUUAGUCUUUCGGACGAACCAAUGGUUGGAUUAGCCAGUUUAAUCGAAGGAGCAGUUUAUUCUUCUCUCGGCGAUACUCAAGCAUCAAUUGAAAGUUACAGAAAUUGUUUAAAACGUCGUAGUCCGAACAAUGACUCGUACGAUCAGCAUAUUAGUGCAUUUGCACUUUAUGAACUUGGUUCUGCGCUUUGCAGUGUUAAUAACAUUGAAGAAGGAAAAAUGGUUCUCUUGAGAGCUCAAAAUCAAUACAGAGAUUACGACUUCGAGCGCCGACUUAACGUACGGAUACAUACUACUUUAAGAAGUUUUAAUUGACGAAAAAUAAAA